AUAAUAUGUAUUUCUUAGGUGCCCGAAGUAACUCAUAGGUUAAUGGACCGAUAAGGUGGUACCCUGGCUUACCCCAGGGUUUCCCUGUCUUCGCACUGGGUGUACCUACCUGUUCAAGGCUGAUUUUCCUGAGUUUGGGAGGGCAUAUCAUUACGAGAGGUCACUGGUGUGAUAAAGAAUUCAAUAUAUACCUACCUCGCAGUCACGCUUCGUUUGCUUUCCUUAUUGUUCAAGAUUAGACUUUGCUUUUGGGCUUGUUGAUAGCCAUGAUGAUGUUCUGGUUACAAGUUCUCGGUGCUGCAGUCAUUGGAGUGUACGUGGUAUGGAAGAUACAGUCAAAGUAUUGGAUGUCCCGACGAAAUGAAGCGGUAUGAUACCUCUGGAUUCGAGAUUCCUUCCCAUUUUCCUUUUUCGCUCUUUUAGAAAGCUUUCCUGGCAUUGCUUCAAUGUCCUCUGAGCAAUCAAAGUUGUGGUUUCUUUUCAAAUUCCUUCUGUUCAUCACUUAUUCCACCAGAAUAUAUUUCCAAAUGUACCAUCACAGAACGUAGUCAAGCGACUCCAACGCUCCUGUAUACUGCGUACUCAAGUUAACCCAUGUUCAAUCGAUUUCAGAAGUCCCAUUUCAACAAUGAAAAGGCCUCGGACAGCAUCGAUUCCCAAACAAUCGUCCCCUUAACAGAUUUUGACUGGCGUACCACCGAGCCACUCAAAAUCCGGCCUUUCAAACCAAUAUACCACAUGACAAUGGGUAUGAAUCUCCUCCUGUCCAGUCAUUAUCAGCUACUUCUACUUACAAAACAAAGGUCUCCAAUCAUGCUCUCCAUCCGAAUUCAUAGAAAUGGACCGAACGUACCUUGAUCGUCUCACGGUCCGCACCAACACAAUAAGAGCCCACACUCCUACUGUCCUCCAAGCGCUCCCCUCAUCCCACGCUGCAAUCCAAGAACUGUACACCUACCUAACCGCCACCUAUCUUCCCACUCGCUUCCCCACUAUCUAUGCUCUUACCCCAACUUAUCUUUUGAACAAAGCAACAAGCCAUCACAUCCCUCUUCAUCCCUCCUCUCCUCUCGAAGCUCUUCAUGAACUAGGUACAAACGUCGACACCGAAUUUCUCCUCCUCGUUCCUUCUCCAGAUGGCGACGGAUAUAUGCUAGCUGGGUUCAUUGCAUGUUUCCCCAGCGGAUUCGAUACACAGUCCUUACUCGGUAAGAAAAUAAGGGAUAUUCAUAAACCCGUCCCAAGAUACAAGGAGAAGUUAGAGACGAGCAUGUAUCGAAGUUUUGAUCGAUUAGAGGUAGGAAAGAUAGUGAAGAGAGUUAAUGUAAGUUUCCUAGCGAUGUUUGAGAAGGGAGGGAGUAAUUUAAUAAAUUAACGACGUAGUGGUCAAUAACUACUCAUUCGCGCUUAUUUGCACCGAGUGGCAACCAUCUGUAUGAAGGCGAAGAGGCAAAACCAGAAGAAUUCGAUAUUAAUGAUGUGAGCACCCAUUGACUUUCACCUGUAAUUUGACUCCACAAAUUUAACAACGUAGACACAUCUCCGCUGUGAACGUCAGCUAGUACAUCGUCUCCCACAAACUAAAGCCUUGGUAUUCUCUUUCAAAACCUACCUGACGCCACUUGCUCAGGUGAAAGAAGAAGGGCUGGGAGAGGAACUAGCAGAAGCAAUUGAUGGAUUAAGGAAAGGGAGUGUACCGGAGAUACAUUACUAUAAGAGGGGAGUUGUAUGGGGUGAGAAAGUCAAGCAAUAUUUGAGAAGUUAAGAGAGAUAGAAGGGACGGAAUACAAUAGAAUGGAAUGAACAAAUAGAUUUUGCUUCAUACGGAAUGAGGAACUGCCAUGGAUGAUGGGUCUGAAACUUCCCGAGCCAGAAACCCAACAAGGCAAUACCGCACCCUAUGCUUCAUCCCCUGCACUCUCCUCUACCUCCGACGCAGAGUAUCCAACCGACAGCUCAUCCGACCUAGAAACCGAAUUCCUCUCCACCAACAACCGCACAACCCUGGCAAACCUCACUUCAUAAAAAGAGUAUCCAUCAUCAGCAAAUAUUUAUGACUUCCAUAGCAACGCAAUUGAACACUAUCAAUAAACCCCAUAAAACCCAUCGACCCUACGCCCGUAACACCGGACUCAAAUACGUACGCGCACACUUGAGCAGUAAGGUUCCGUAUCGCAUGGUAAAUUUCUUCGAUGCCAUUGAUUUCCCGCGUCUUCUCCUGUAUAUAUAUAUAUUCCUAC